AAAGCGGCACUAUUCAACAAACUUUAGAGCAAGAAAGUGAAAAUCAGAGAGAGAAAUCAUGAGGGCUGAAAAUCAGCCUUGUUGUGUCCUUCGAUUCUGCGGUGUGUCCAAUGGAGAUCCUGGACCAUCUGGUGCAGCAGCUAUACUGCUUGCAGAAGAUAGGACUGUGCUUUAUCGAUUCCGCGAGGGAUUAGGACAUGAAACAGUUAAUGCUGCUGAGUAUCGCGCAUUAAUUCUAGGACUGAAACAAGCGAGAGCGAAAGGAUAUGAUAACAUCAUCGUCGAAGGAGACUCGCGACGUGUUAUCAAUCAGAUUUGGGGUUAUGAGCUCGCACCUGGGCGUUCAAGGAGGUUAUGGAUGGAAGCUUUGGUGUUGAAGAAUAGGUUUCGCUCAUUCGACAUCCAACAAAUUCCUAGGGUCGAAAACGGUUUAGCGGAUUGUCAAGCAAACCAGGCUGUUAAUCUUGGAGAUGGUGAAGUUGAAGAAGAUGAUGUCGGUGCAUGAUCACCUGACAACAUGCCACUGUCAAAAACUAUUGGCAGCUAUGUUACAUUUCUCGUUGAAGUUGUGGUUAGCAAUUUAGCAUACUUGAUGUUUUACAUUUAAUAAUACUUCAUAUCAAAAGGUUAAAUGUUGUUUGGUCACUAUUAGCAGCCUAGGGACUUAAAAAUGCUGUUGUGAUGUUUGCUAUAUGCAUAUUUCUGAAUUUCUGUUUUCUAUGUUCAUAUGAAAAACUCUUGUAACUCAA